UACCGGGAGCCGCGCGUGCGCAGAGGGAAAGAGGAAUCUACACCUUCCCGUCCGGCGGUAGCAACUGCAGAACUGCAGGAGACAAUCUUUCUAGACAAGGCAGUUGAGGAGGGAGCGCUUGGAGGGGGUUGGCCUGGUGUGCACUCCGCACCUCGGGGACGCUAUUGCGCGUGGAUCGGCAGUUUUGGGAAGGCUUUUGCCCAGAAGAAAAAAUGUUUGGUUUUCACAAGCCAAAGAUGUACCGAAGUAUAGAAGGUUGCUGUAUUUGCAGAGCUAAGUCCUCCAGUUCUCGAUUCACUGAUAGUAAACGUUAUGAAAAGGACUUCCAGAGCUGUUUUGGGCUAUUUAAGACUCGUUCAGGAGACAUCUGUAAUGCCUGUGUUCUGCUUGUGAAAAGAUGGAAGAAGUUACCAGCAGGUUCAAAAAAAAACUGGAAUCAUGUGGUAGACGCAAGGGCAGGACCUAGUCUAAAGACUACUUUGAAACCAAAGAAAGUAAAAACUCUAUCUGGAAACAGGAUAAAAAGCAACCAGAUCAGUAAACUGCAGAAGGAAUUUAAACGUCACAAUUCUGAUGCUCACAGUACCACCUCAAGUGCCUCCCCAGCUCAAUCUCCUUGUUAUAGUAACCAGUCAGAUGAUGGCUCAGAUACAGAAAUGGCUUCUGGCUCUAAUAGAACACCAGUUUUUUCCUUUUUAGAUCUUACUUACUGGAAAAGACAGAAAAUUUGUUGUGGGAUUAUCUAUAAAGGCCGUUUUGGAGAAGUCCUCAUUGACACACAUCUAUUCAAGCCUUGCUGCAGCAAUAAGAAGACAGCUGCAGAGAAGCCAGAGGAGCAGGGGCCCGAACCUCUGCCCAUCUCCACUCAGGAGUGGUGACUGAGGUUUAUGUAGAAGGGGAACAAAAAUGAUUUAAAUUUUGAAAAGACCACAAAGCAACAAACUGACCUUACUAUUUUUAACUUGGAUACCUGCUAUUCUGCCAAAAGACAAUUUUCUAGAAUAGUUUUGAAUGGGUUAUUUUUUCCUCCAGUCCCAUAAACUUUGAAGCCAGUGUCUAGCUUACUAAAAGAAAAAAGAAGUGUACAUAAUAUUUAAGAUGCUGAGUAUUUCAUAGGAAAGCUGAAUGCUGCUGUAAAGUGCUCUUUAAGUCUUUUUUUUUUU